CCCCCCAACUCCGGGGGUUCCCUUCUCCCCACCCCGUUGCCAUGGCGGAGCCGUUGGGCUGCUGCGAGCGCGUGGCCAUCAACGUGGCCGGGCGUCGCUUCGAGACCCUGGGCCGGACCCUUCGCCGCUUCCCCGACACCCUCCUGGGAGACCCCCGCCGCCGCCGCCGCUUCUUCGACCCCCAACGCCGCGAGUAUUUCUUCGACCGGCACCGCGGCGCCUUCGGGGCCGUCCUCUAUUACUACCAAUCCGGGGGCCGCCUGCGGCGCCCGCCCGACGUCCCCCUCGACGUCUUCUUGGAAGAGCUCCGCUUCUACCAGCUCGGACCCGAAGCCGAAGACCGCGUCCGCGAGGCCGAAGGGCUGAGCCUGGAACUCCCGCGCCCGCUGCCCCGGGGUCGGCUCCGGCGUCGCGCCUGGCUCCUGUGCGAGCACCCCGAGAGCUCGCCCGCCGCCCGCGCCGUCGCCCUCCUCUCCGUCCUCGUCAUCCUCGUCUCCAUCGUCGUCUUCUGCCUGGAGACCCUGCCCCAAUUCCGGGCCGGGAGCGAGGCGGCCGCGCAGGUGAGGAAGUGGGGGGGGAGGGAGAGGGGGUGGUGGUUGGGGGGGGGUUGGGGUCUUCGGCUUCGUCCUCAGCCUCGACCCCGUCCUCGUCCCCAUCCUCAUCCUCGUCAUCGUCCCCAUCAUCGCUCUUGA